UCAGGAUACAGUCUACAUUGUGCCUUAGCAUAGGUUACUAUAGUUCGUGAGCAACGAACCCGUUACACGGGUGAAUGAACUAUGUGUGUCAAGACAAGCGAGAACCCUUAAUCUACACUCGUACGAGGCAAUGAAAUUGGAUAGGAAAAAUACACAGGCUACAGUCCAGUGCUUUGUAUUCCCCCAGUGACAUCCGAGCAAUCCCAAAAAUUCAAGGCCUCAAGCCUAGGCAUACUCCUCUCAUUCCCCAACGAUGCAUGUGCCGGUAUCUCACUGAACGCCAGCUGUUGAAGACCCCCCUUUUCCACACCCCAAAACUUGCUGCUCUGUUCCCAUCCAAAGUAGGGCUCACCCUAAAAACUGCCUAAUCCGGCCAAUCCCUGCACAUCUGGUAGCUCCCGACCGCCCAACACCCACCGACCAAUCAUCUUUGCGGCCAUCGGAUUACCCGCUGACUAAGCCACAACCUCACCACUUCGGACAGAUUCGGUCCUCGCCGUCAACAAGCAACAUAUUCCCACUUCACAACCUGCUCUCUUGAACUCAGAACCAAGAGGCCCAACCGCCACACGGACAUCAACAACGUGCCAUUGGGUCGCCGAAGAAUAAUACCAAUGUUUGUCCAGCGAGCUGCUUUCGCCCUUGCCAGGCGUGCUCCCGUGAGAGCCUUUGCCAGACGCACUUUUUCGUCGUCGGUUGUUCGCAGCUCGAAAUGGGAUCCUAAGCCGGGUGAACCCCAGGGAAAGAUCUUGCCAUACGAUGAAAUCAAAACCGAAGCCGAUCUUAUUGGCCCAGGUGCCGAGCCUGGUACCAUUGGUACCGACCUUGAGCAGUCUACCGGUUUGGAGAGAUUAGAACUUUUGGGAAAGAUGGAGGGCGUCGAUAUCUUCAACAUGAAGCCAUUGGAUGCUUCCAGACUAGGAACUCUCGAUAACCCCAUCCUCGUCAAGUCCGGUGGUCCCGAACAAUACGUCGGCUGCACUGGUUAUCCAGCCGAUUCCCAUAACGUCAUCUGGCUCACGGUCUCCCGUGAUCGACCACUUGAGCGAUGCUCUGAAUGCGGUAACUGCAUCAAGAUGGACUACAUCGGACCCAAGGAGGACGACCACCACCAUGCCGAGGUUUACGAGCCCAAGACUAUGGCCGACUAUGUCAAGCCUGAGUAUUGGUAUAGAUGAUUCAGUUGUGAGGCGGAACCUAGGCUUAACCUUCGCAGUAUAUAAGUCUAUUAUCACCUCCCCCCCACUCCUGUUCAAAGUCCUCUUGGCCCCCUUCCACACAUCACAACAUCUCUCCUAGUUGUUCGCAUUUGUAGAAUAAUUGAACAAUCUCUGUGUCAAAAUACUGCUACAACACCUGUUCAGUUUCAAAGUCAUAGGCGUGGGAAUGUGUCUUUCAAGUGCCAGCAUU